UACUUUAAGAGGACGGCCAAACGCACCAAAACUCACAACACCCAUAGUCAUGGAAGUCAAGAAAUCAGCUCUCUCCUUCGUAUCAUUUAUCAUAUGGGUCAUCUUACUUUCAUGCAAUCUAUCAUCAUCAUCAUCAUCACCACCAUCCAAAUCAGAAGCCAAUGCUCUCCUUCAAUGGAAAUCCACCUUCCAAACUCAAUCUCUUCAUUCAUGGUCACUUCCAAAUGCUACUAACACAGUCCCAAGAAUUCCAUGCAAAUGGUUAGGAAUUGCAUGCAACCAUGCAAGACGUGUAACCGAAAUAAACCUACCGAAUGCUGGCUUACAAGGUAAUCUUGAUAACUUCAGUUUCUCAUCCUUUCCAUUUCUAACCCGUCUUGAUCUCAGUGGCAACUCAUUCCUUGGAACCAUCCCACGCCAUAUCGGUACUCUCACCAAUCUUGCCUUUCUCAAUUUAUCUAUGAAUGAUUUUUCUGGCACCUUACCUCCUUCAAUUGCUAAUCUCUCUCAAAUUACAGUGAUUGAUAUUUCCAACAAUACAGUAUCAGGUGAACUUUCUCCAUAUUUCUUUGCCAAUUGGACCAGACUCACCUCCCUCCAACUCCAAAAUAAUCAACUCAGUGGAAGAAUUCCUUCCGAAAUCAGCUUACUCGAGAAUCUCCAUCUAUUGGACUUCUCGGGAAACAAGAUAACCGGUUCAAUACCUUGGGAGAUAGGAAGUUUGGAAAAUCUGGUUGCACUGAGUUUGAGUAGAAACAAUCUCUUUGGUGCACUCCCUCCAUCUUUAGGUAAUUUGAGCAAUCUACGCAUCUUGUCCGUCUCCGAAAACCAAAUUUCCAGUUCCAUCCCACCAGAAAUAGGAAACUUGAAAUCUCUUAGUGUCCUAAGCUUGCGAAAAAACAAUCUUACCGGUUCGAUCCCUACCACACUGAAGAAUUUGACAAAGCUUACCAAAUUGCUGCUCAAACACAAUAAUAUUGUCAGUCUGAUUCCACUAGAAAUAGGAAAUUUGAUGAAUUUGAAUGUGUUAGAACUAUCAGCUAAUAAUCUAACAGGCUCCAUCCCUUCCACUCUCGGAAAUUUAACAAAACUCACGCAUUUAUCCCUCUCCAGGAAUCACAUUUCUGGUUCAAUCCCUCUUUCUUUAGGAAAAUUGAGUAACCUAAUCGAAUUGCUUCUCUACGAAAAUCAAUUAUCCGGUCCAAUACCUCAAGAAAUGGCAAACCUAGGAAAUUUGGUAGGGAUUGGCAUUGGUGACAAUAACUUCUCAGGGCAUCUACCAAACCAGCUUUGCCGAGGCGGAUCUCUUGAAAAAUUCGCUGCGUACAACAACCGUUUCAUGGGUUCGAUCCCGGAAAGCUUGAGGAACUGUUUGAGCUUGACUAGGGUUCGGCUUGAAGGAAACCAACUCAGUGGAGACAUAUCCAAACAAUUCAAAGAAUGUACAAAUCUAGGAUAUGUCGAUUUGAGUAACAACGGAUUCUUCGGUGAACUCCCGUCUAGUUGGGCUGAGUGCCAGAAUUUAACAAAGCUACAAAUCUCUGAUAAUAGGAUUACCGGUAGCAUACCGCCCCAGUUCGGUCAGUUGACUAAGCUUGGAGUAUUGGAUCUUUCUUCAAAUUAUCUAGGCGGUGAGAUUCCAAAGGAGUUAGGUGGGUUGAUUUCAUUAUUCGACCUGCGUUUAGAUAAUAACAGACUUUCUGGGGUUUUACCAUCUGAAAUUGGGAAGCUAUACGACCUGACGAUUCUUGAUCUCUCAGCGAACAACUUCAGCGGACCGAUACCGGAACAAUUAGGCGAUUGCUCCAAACUUCUGCAUUUGAAAUUGAGCAAAAACCAUCUGAAUGGAAGCAUUCCAUUUCAAAUUGGUAAUUUGGCAAAUGUACAAGAUUUGUUGGAUCUUAGCCAUAAUUCCCUCACUGGAGAGGUGCCAUCACAGCUCAGAAAACUGCAAAAGCUAGAGAACCUAAAUCUUUCCCACAAUAAGCUGUCAGGUUCCAUUCCAUCUUCCUUUCAAGAGAUGCUGAGCUUGUUAACGGUGGAUAUAUCGUAUAAUGAUUUGGAAGGCCCGCUUCCUGAUACUAAAGUGUUCCGAGAAGCUGCACCGGAAGAUUUUAUCAACAACAAAGGCUUAUGUGGGGAAUCAGUGCAAGGUUUGCCCCCCUGCAAUUCAUCUUCAGUAGGGAAAGGUUCAGAUGGCACAACUAAAGAUUACAGAAAUGUGAUUUUCAUUGUGGUUCCUCUUGCGGUAGCAGUAUUUCUUCUACUUGGAUGUUGUUGCAUUUUCUAUUUUCUUUGCCGCCAGAGAUCGACAACAGUUGAUAAUGGGGUGAGAGAAAUGAAUAGCGAUCUCUUCUCGGUGUGGAGUUACGAUGGGAGAAUUGUGUACAAUGACAUCAUUGAAGCGACUGAGAAUUUCGAUGACAAGUAUUGCAUUGCAGUUGGAGGAUAUGGGAAGAUUUACAAGGCGGAGCUACCGACAGGUCAAGUAGUAGCCAUAAAGAAGCUUCACCGUGUGGAUGGGGUCGAGCUAACUGAUCAGAGAAGCUUCAUGAAUGAGACGAGAGCAUUAACAGAAAUCCGGCAUCGCAACAUUGUGAAGCUUUAUGGGUUUUGUUUCCAUGCGCAAUGUAUGUUUUUGGUGUAUGAGUAUAUGGAAAGGGGAAGCUUGACUACUGUGCUAAGCAGCGAAGGAAGCAGCAUGGAAUUGGACUGGGUUAAGAGGGUGAAUGUGGUGAAAGCCAUGGCACAUGCCUUAACUUACAUGCACCAUGAUUGCACCCCGCCCAUUCUACACCGCGACAUAUCGAGUAACAAUGUCUUGCUCAAUUCUGAUUUUGAGGCUUGUGUAUCUGACUUCGGCACCGCCCGACUGUUGAAGCCCAAUUCAUCUAAUUGGACCACUCCGGCUGGCACUUACGGGUAUAUCGCUCCAGAGCUUGCUUACACAAUGCAGGUGACUGAAAAAUGCGAUGUGUAUAGCUUUGGAGUUGUAGCAUUGGAAGUGGUAGUGGGAAGGCAUCCGGGGGAUCUUAUCUCCAAUUUAUCACAGUCAAGCGCCGAAAACAUGCUUCUGAAGAGUGUAUUAGACCAACGUCUCCCGUCUCCCACCAUCAAAGUUUCAGAGGAAGUUGUUUUAACAGUAGCACUGGCACUUGCCUGUGUGCGUUCUAGUCCGCAAUCAAGGCCCACCAUGCAACAUGUGUCGCGGGAGCUAUCUGCUCCAAGGGUGUCUCUUCCGGUGCCAUUCGACCAAAUCACAUUGUGUGAUCUAAUGGAUCUCGCAAUAUGAUUUGAUUACGUGGAAAAGUUAUCAGACGUGCAGUGGUGUAGAUUGGGCCACCAUGAUAUCAUGUUGAUGUAUCAUUCUUUUGUGCGUGUGUGUGUGUAUGUGUUUGUAAUGUUUGAAUUACUGAUUUAUUGAAAUUUGACACUAAUGCUGUGGAACUGAUUGAACCGGAUAUUUGUGAUGGUUGACAUGCCUAUAACAAUAAACAGUUAAGGCUACUCAUAUAGAGAACGCAUGAUUUUUUAUUUUAUUUUAUUUAUUUUAUAUUUUUCUUCUUUCAGAUUGCAAGGUUGACUUAGAUAAUAGGAAAUUUUAAGAUUCAGUUCCAUAGUUCAAAACCCAAAAAUGUGGCCGGACUCGAUGUCCAGCUGGGUUAGGUUGAUCCAACAACU